GUAAGUCCACGUUUGGACAGAAAAGCGCAUGCGUGUCUUCUUCUAUUUGUUAUUCAACAAACAUGUCUGCCUCCUGUCUGACGGCACUCAGGGCAUCUCUGACAGCUUUUCACGGAGAUUCCUGCCGGUGGCUCCUCGGUCGUCUGACCCCGAUAUUGUGCCACCGUUUGCGGCUUCAUGCCACCCCCACCGCCGGGCUGUCCAGCUCCAGGACCGAGCCGACACAGAGCUCCGAUGUGGCCGACAAGGUUGCAGACAGACUCGGGCAGGAAGAGCCGGAGUAUAUCCCCAGGAGGAAGGCCAAGAACCCUAUGAUGAAGUUAGGAUAUGCUUGGAUGAUCGGGCUCCCCGCGGGGAUCAUCGGCUUCAUUCUGGCCAAGAGACAAGUGGACAAAAACCGCCUGAAGCAGCUGAAGAUCAGGCAGAGGAUGAGACGAUCCAACGAGGGCGAAUACGACGGGAGUCGAUAUCGCCAGCACUCCAAGCUGGACCGGUGACGUGUAAACCCCGUCACGCCCCGGGAGACGCGAGAACUUCUGCCUUAAGCCGCAGUGGAGAAAAACUGAUCUAUAUCAUGAAAAUAAGCACUACCUGGUGUAAAACAAAAGGAAACAGUUUAUUUCAUAUGAAAAUGCAAACACAUUAUCUUCAGGAAAGGUGUAUUUACACCAACUAUGUGGUCUUUACAUGCGGAGUGUUUGACUCUGUUGCUUUAAUAAAAGAAUUACAUGCAGCUCUGGCCCGGAGCAGCAGCUGGGUGCGGUCGGGUAAAUCAGGA